CGUCCCGGCAUUGUUUUCAAGAUAACACAGCUUAUAGCAUUUGGUCAUGCAUAAUGUUGCAAAUAUUCUACUAUAUAUUUGAAGCGAAAUUGGUUACCACAGUGGAACCUCGAUUUAGCGAACCUCUAUAUAUUUAACGAGGUCCUCGGUAUAACGAAUGUUGUUCUUCGAUCCAGUAAUAGUAAAAUGUAUGCAAACGAACGUACCCUGAUAUAACGAAACCUCGUCCUAGCGAACAUCAUUCGCCAGUCCCUUUGCCCUUCGUUAUAUCGAAGUUCCACUGUGCAUUGAAUGGCGGUAUAUAUAUAUUUAUCGACAUAGUUUCACCUCGUAGCCACCCCCAGGCGGAAUAAAGUGAAAUGUUGUAAUUUUUGGUUUACCCAAGGAAAAUGUAAUCUACGGUAUAUUAAUGCAUAUAUAUUUUUUUCCCAUCCUAAUUGAAUGAUACCACUACUUAAAUAUUUAUAAUCAGCCAUCAGCCGAUCGAUAAUUUGUCCAAGGAGGAAAAACGUUUCAUACUUAGGCAUUCAUUCGACACGGACAUCGAUGGAUGUACUAAAUUUUGCACUGCUGCGAGCCCCUUGUGUUCUUACCUUAUUCCGAGUUCAAUCACAAAAUGUUUCCGUGUUCUUUGACGCUUUCAGCACGAUGUACUGGACAGACUGGGGCGCCAGUCCAAAGAUCGAGCAGGCGGAGAUGGAUGGUUCAGCGAGACGAGCCAUUGUAACUAUAAACCUUGUCUGGCCAAAUGGACUUACUAUCGACCAAACGACAAACCGUCUCUUUUGGGCCGAUGCCAAACUAGACAAAAUUGAGACAUCAGACCUUACUGGAGGAAAUCGACAGCUUAUACUGUCAUCUGGGAACAACAUCCAUCCUUUUGGUCUAGUGGUGUACAAUAACAUGUUAUACUGGACCGAUUGGAAUAAAACGAGCGUUUCAAGAUUCAAUCUAACCAGCGGAAAUCAGGAUGUGAUAAUAACUGGCCUGCAAAUGCCCAUGGACAUUCACGUGUUUGAUCCUUCCUUAAUAUUUUCGGGACCUCAUAUUUGUUCUCAAGGGAAUGGUUUAUGCAGCGAUUUGUGUCUUCUAAAACCAGGAGGAUAUCAGUGCGCAUGUCCAACGGGUAUUGCACUCAAGCCGGAUGGUAAAAACUGUGAUUAUGGUGAGGGUUUGUUUUAUAAGAGAAGCUCUGAAAAAUUUAUGAUCUUUGCUGAAGCCGAUUCUGGAGAAAUUUACAAGGUUCCUCUCCCGGUAGAGGAAAACCCUUGCUUUCCGCUCAAAAUCAGCACAAACAUCUCAAGACCGGUGGCAGUUGAUUUCGAUCCAGUGGAAGGAAAAAUUUAUUGGACAGACGUUACCUUAAAACUGGUGGCUAGGGCCUUCCCCAACGGGUCUUCGGAGGAAGUCAUUGCGUAUAAUAAUGUAGAGACACCUGAUGGGCUGGCAUUGGAUUAUGAGGGAAGAAAUAUUUACUGGACUGAUGCAGGAACAAGUAAAGUUGAAGUAGCGCGGUUAGAUGGAUCAUUUAGGAAGAGCCUUAUCACUUCAAACAUUGACAAACCAAGAGCUAUAAUCCUUAACCUGGCAGAGAGAAAGAUGUACUGGAGUGACUGGGGAUCAUCGCCAAAGAUUGAACAAGCCAGCAUGGACGGUUCCGAAAGGACAGUUCUCGUUAGCUCCGGACUUGUGUGGGUAAAUUCACUAGCCCUGGAUUUCGAAAACAGACUGCUGUAUUGGUGCGAUGCUAGCCUUGAUCAAAUAGAAAGAGUUGACUUCCAGGGAAACAACCGAGUGCUCAUACUUGACUUAUCCUCUGAUAACCUGCAUCCGUUUGGACUGGCCCUGACUGAUAACGUUCUGUACUGGUCUGACUGGAAAAACAAGAGUGUCCACAAAUACAACAUGACCUCCUCUCUCAGUGAAGUAUUGGUUCAAGGAAUGGGAAGGCCAAUGGAAUUGCAUAUUUAUGAUAACACAAAAAUCUUUAACGGUAAAUCAGCUUCGAUUUGAUAAAAUGUACAUUCCCUGGGCGUCCUUAAACUUUCUUUGCGGCGGGGAGCGCGCGCGCAGGGGGGA